AUGCAACGCCUCGCAGUUCGUCCACUUCUUGCCGUCACCCAUCGCCUUACACGCCCACCUCUCUUCAAUCCCCAGCCGACCUCCCUCCGCUUUCCAGAACCAUUCACUUUUUCUCCUGCCGUUGGGCGUAGCUUCGCCAAUUCUCCGACCCUGUACAAGAAGAAGGACAAAGCAAAGAAAAACAAUGUCCCCGAGGCGGACUCUAGCGCCGGUGCGGCUUCUGAGGAUCCUUUCGAUCUCUCCCAACUGCAAAAUGGCAUUUCCACAGCCGUUGCUAGGUUGAAGGAUGAUCUUUCCAAGCUUCGCGCCGGAGGGCGGUUCAAUACCGCGACCCUUGAAACCCUGAAGGUUCAGUUGAGCAAGGAUGGCAAGGAUACUGCGAGGCUAGGGGAUUUGGCUCAGGUGGUGCCCAAGGGAGGACGGAUGGUUUCCAUCCUGGUGGCCGAAGAGCACAUCAAACCAGUCACCUCGGCCAUCGUUUCAUCCAAUCUGUCCCUGACUCCGCAGACUGACUCCCACAACGCUCUCCAACUCAACAUCCCCAUUCCUCCGCCCACCAAAGAAUCUCGAGAUCAAAAUGUCAAUGUGGCCAGACAGGCCUUGGACAGAGCCACUAGCACUCUUCGCGACACUCGAGGUGCUAUGCAUAAACGGCUCCAAGACAUGCAGAAGAAGAAACUGGCCCGGCCGGACGACGUGCGCAAGGCCCAUGACCAAAUGGAAAAAGUCACUGACAAGGGCCAGAAAGAGCUGAAAGACCUGUUUGAGGCGGCAAAACGCACCUUGGAACAGGCAUGA